AUGUCUACAAUGCAAGCUCAGGUCUCUCAUUAAAAUAAUUAAAUAGUAAUUUUAUAAUUUUAAAAAUAUUAAAAUUUUGAUUAUCAUUAUAAUAAUACAUUUUUUAAUUUUAGAUUUUAUAAAACUCUAAUUUUGUAUUUUUUUUUUUUUCAUGUUAUUGAUUAAUUAAAUUAAAGAAAUAUUAAAAUCGCCUAAAAUUAACGAUUUAAUCUAUAUGAAUAAAAUGUUUGUAUACAUUAAGACUAUUAAGAAAAUUUAUAUUAUCCACUUACAUAAUGUUGGUAGGAAGAGGGGUCGUAUUAUCAAAAUAAAUCAUUUUGGGGGGUCGUGGAUCAAAAAAGGUUGCGCACCACUGAGCAUCUAAUUCUAGAGUAGAUAUUUAGUGUUAGACCGUCGCGACGCAUAAGAAAUAACAUUCCUUUGGCCGUCCAGUCAGUAAAGUUAAGUACUGAGGUUUUCGGAAUUCACUUUGUGAUUCCUAAUGUAUAUGUCCAAGAAAGAACUUUGCGUAUACAACAAUACGCAUGGCUAAAUAUAUAGGUAUCAUCCCAAUUUUGUGAUACGCAGGUGCAAUGGCAGUGAUUCCCGCUUUAUUUCAAUCUAACUGAUAAUAAAUAUCACUUCCAGCUGAGUUUUCUCUUCAUAAAAAACUAUAGAAUAAAUACAAUAUGUCGGAUUUGUUAUCAGGAGCAGUUAAAAGGGGGAGGUAGAAGGAUGUCACCCUCUUCCCAUACGUCUGCGGAACUAAAUAAUAAUUGGAAUUUAAUUAAAUUUAUUUAUUACAAUUUGCAACCUCAUACUUGUGUGAGCUUGGAUUUUCAACAUUGACGAAUAUCAAAACAAAGAAACGAGAAAGUCUGAAAAAUAUUGAAGAGAAAAUGAGAGUAGCAAUAUCCUACAUACGGCCAGAUAUUGAAAAUAUCUGUACAAAUCAUCAGGCACAAUUAUACAAAUAUCUCAUACAAAAUAUUCAAUUUCAAAUUUUUUUUAACUUUUUUUAUUAUUUUAUUAUUUUUUAGUGACUAACACUAACAUGUAUGGCAUGCAAAAAAUUUUAUGAUAUACAUUCAUUGUUUAAUAUAUUAAAAAAUUACAAAAUGUAUGUAUUACUAUUUUAUUUUACGAUUGUGUUCCGCGAAAAUCUUAUAAAAUGUUAAGUGUUCCGUCAUUCGAAAAAAGUUAAGAACCACUGCUAUAGAUAAACGAACACACUAUGUUAUCGCAAUAAUAAUAAUAUUCGUGUAUUAAUAUAAAAUUACAAAAAAUUCUUUAAAUAUAUCUCUUACUUUAAUUCAUUCUGUAUUUAUAAAUCCACCUUCUCCAGAAAAUAACCUCAUGUUAUUAUUUUGAGUUAAACAUUCUUGAACAAAUUGGUAAUAUACUUUUCCGUUAUUUUCCAAAUAUACAUUCCGUAACAUGUUGUGUAAAAAAUACGAAACAAUGAUUAAAUUAUCAAUAAAUAAUCAUCAAUCAAAAUUUAAAUAAUCAUUGCAAUAUUGUCUAUUGAACUUUUUCAUUUUAUUCUCUUGCGGUGAAAUUGGUUUGCAAAUUUGGCUCUACAUAUAUAUGUGAGAAAAGUUUUUCAAGGAUGACUUUCAUAAAAAUAAGUAUAGAACCAAACUAACGAAUUCUCAUUUGAAAAAUUUAAUGCUUCUAUCUUCAACUAAACUUAAACCAAAUUAUGAAGAGAUAAUAUCCAUGAAGCAAAAAAAUCUAAAAUUUAUAUUUAUGUAAACAUUGUAAGCUGUAAAGAAAUAAAUAUUUUUUAAGGCACAUUCUCAAUUNCUUCGCUUAUCGUACUUUCCUACUACCUGGAAAUCUUCUGUCAUUGUCACAUUCCUCAAACCUGGCAAGCCUCCUGAAAAUCCCUCCUCUUACAGGCCUAUUAGCCUACUACCGGUAUUGGGAAAAAUUCUUGAAAAAAUUAUUCUCAAGCGCAUCACCACUGUAGCACAAGCAAAUAACAGUAUCCCAAACUUCCAGUUUGGCUUCCGUUCCCACCAUGACACAACUCAUCAACUUCAUCGGGUUGCGGAUAUCAUCUCAACAGCACUUGAAACCAAACAAUACUGCGCCGGAGUCUUUUUAGAUAUUGCUAAAGCGUUUGACACCGUUUGUCACAAAGGUCUUCUUUUUAAACUCAAAAAUAUUUUUCCUGCCCCAUUAUACCCCUUAUAA